GACGUCAGAUCGGGCAGACAUAUUUGUGCGGGCUGAUAGUUAACGGUCGGACGGAUUCGUAUGGCGAGAGGAAGCCAGGGCAAGGAUUUAGUUCAGAUUGUGUUUACUUUUCGACUUUGCCAGGGAUCGAGGUCACACUGAAAUGUCGGAGGAAAUUGAGGGGACAAAGACGACGGAGGAGACGGUGGUGAAUGACCAGAAUGAGAUGGACGACAAGGUGACCAGUCCAGAGAAGGUUGAGGAGGCCAAGUUGAAGGCUCGCUACCCAAACCUGGGGCACAAACCUGGAGGCUCCGACCUGCUACGCAAACGCCUGACCAAGGGGCAAAAGUAUUUUGACUCUGGGGACUACAACAUGGCCAAGGCCAAGGUGAAGAACAAGCAGCUUCCUGCAGCUACGUCAGAGAAGAGCGGAGGAGGAGAGAUCACAGGAGACCAUAUCCCCACACCUCAGGACCUGCCUCAGAGGAAACCUUCCCUGGUGGCCAGCAAACUGGCCGGCUGAUACACACACUGUCCUGUCUCUAACCCUGUCAAUACUCCUAACAAUCACCCUGCUACACUUGUUCCUCUCUCACUACCUCUCCCCCAUCUACUUCUGCCCCAGCCCCAGAGAGACCCUUCCCUGGUGGCCAGCAAACUGGCACACACCUCUAACCGCCUGUCCCUGGUUCUGUCCCUCAUCCUCUUCACCCAGUCCUCUCUGCUUCCCCUCACCUUCCACUCUGUUAUGGCUCCCUCUUCUUCCUGCUCUUCCUCCCCUCGGUUCUUGUUUAUUUUCUAUUCUCAUGUAAAAAUACACUGAAAGCAAGGAUGAGGAUGUGUAGGAGGGAGGACUGGGAUGACUCUACUACAGGAGGAGACUUUAAAGAUGACCACAACUCUGUGUCCCAGAUGACACCCUAUCCCCUAUAUAGCCCUGUGGGCCCUGGUCAAAAGUACAGUGUACAAAACAUUAGGAACACUAUUCCUAAUAUUGAGUUGCACCCCCUUUUGACCUCAGAACAGCCUCAAUUCGUUGGGGCAUGGACUCUACAAGGUGUCGAAAGCAUUCCACAGGGAUGCUGGCUCAUGUUGACUCCAGUGCUUCUCACAGUUGUCAAGUUGGCUGGAUAUCUUUUGGGUGGUGAACCAUUAUUGAGACGCACAGGAAACUGUUGAACGUGACAAAUCCAGCAGUGUUGCCGUUCUUGACGCACUCAAACUGGCACCUACUACCAUAUCCCGAUCAAAGGCACCUAAAUCUGUCACCCUCUGAAUGGCACACAUACACAAUCUGUCUCAAGGCUCCACAAUCCUUCUUUAACCAGUCUCUAAUCAUUCAUCUAUACUGAUUUGAAUUGGAUUUAACAAGUGACAUCAAUAAGGAAUCAUAGCAUUCACCUGAUCAGUCUAUCAUGGAAAGAGCAGGUGUUCAUAAUGUUUUGUACACUUGUGUAUUUAGGGAAUAGGGUGCCAUUUUGGAUGCACACCUGGAGAGUCUGUAACAUAGGAGGGAGGAGGGCCCAGACUGGAGCCACAGAGAGUCUGAAAUGGCACACUAUUCCCUAUGCAGUACACUACUAUCAACCAGUGCCCUAUGUGGCUGCCCUUUGAGCAUCUGGCCCAAAACGGUUACAU